AUGGGCUCCAAUGGUGUUUAUGGCGGUUGGGAGUGUGCCUUCAGUGCCUUUCACGGCGUCGAGGUUACCGGACGCAAGGGCGGCCAGGGCAUCUUCCUCUUGGGAGACGUGCAGUUUGUAAUUUUUGAAAACAUCUUCCGUGGUGCCAUUAAGUGUUACUGUACCGCUUGCCUCUUUCAACUGCUGCUCGAGCGUGGCGCCCACCGCCUCGAUAGCCUGGUCGACGGCUUGGGCGUGGUUGGUGCCUUUGGGUUGCCCAGUCGCCGCGUUAAGCUUAGCGAAUAA